AUGGGCAACGCAGCUUCUUGCACUCCUUCCUUCACAGCCAAUGGGGGCAUCAAGGUGCUAUUCUUAGAUGGGAGGUUAGAGACCUACACAAAACCAAUGAGAGCUGCAGAACUGAUGCUAGAAUACCCUGGACAGUUUGUCUGUGACUCUUCCUACCUAAAAGUGGGACACCGCAUUCAAGGGCUCCUAGCUGAUGAGGAACUUGAGAGGCGCAAAUUUUACUUCCUUCUACCAAUGGAGCUGCUCUACUCUGUGCUAACCCAUGAAGAAAUGAGCUCUCUUAAUUACAAAGCAUCAAGGGCAACCAAGCAUGCAAGUUUCAACAACUUGGGAAAGAUUUUUCCAGUGUUCAGUGAAUUUUGUAUGUUCCCUUCGGAGCUAAAGAGAUUAGAAACUGCUAAUCAAGUGGUAAGGGAGCCAGAACCAGUCGAAAGGUACUCCAAGCAGAGAUCUUGGAGACCAGCACUGGAGACCAUUGAUGAGACGCCAUGA